AUGAAUGGGAGGGUAUCUUGCAAGAAAUGUGGCAAAACAUUGUCCAGAAAGGAUGCUCUGUUCAGACACAAGAGGCUUAUUCACAGCAGGAAAGAUGUGAAUAGUCUACCCAUAAGGCAGAUAACACUAUCAGAAUCUCGUAUGACAUCAUCUACACCGUCGCUGCCGCCGCCACCGCCACCAUCGUCUUCAUCCCUUCCAGAGUCAUCGACCCUGGUACUUCAACAAAGGCCAACACUUCCGACACAAAAGCCAAGACUUCUAUCGCCACCGCCGUCACUUGUAACACCAUCACCACCUUUCACGUUCAACAUUCCUCCCAAUUCAGUGACAGUAGGUCCGUCCGCCUGUGUACAUCUUAAACCUGACACGAGUGAGAAGAACAGAUUGCAUGCCAAUAUAUUGACAACGGUCAAUCAUGACUCUGAGUGUGGUUCACAUCAGCAAGAGUUAAAAGGGAGCUCUCCAUCAACAGAGCAGCAAAUGGUCCCAGAACUUCCAUCCAAGCAGUACACACCAGAAGAAAGAUCUUCUGUAGGAGAAACAUCUUGUGAUCUUGACGAGGAGACAGCAUCCACUUCCAGUGAGGAAUCGGGACCUUUUAACCAUCGCCACUGCUUGCGCUGA